AUGGAAUACCUGCAUCAGACACUGGGGGCGUUAGAACACCUGCACCACAAACAAGUCCUUCACUUGGACGUCAAAGUUGACAAUGUGCUGCUGUCUGCAGACUGCAGAGACACAUUCCUUUGUGACUUUGGUCUCUCACAGACAUUGGAUGACAGUGGACAGAGUACCAAGGCAUUCAGGGGGACGGCCUUCCCGGGCACACAGACCCACAUGGCCCCAGAGGUAGCUCGAGGGGAUCGACUCUGUGCCAAGGCAGAUGUGUGGAGCAGCUGUUGUAUGCUACUGCACAUGCUCAACGGCUGUCACCCGUGGAUACGUUACUAUUCCCAUCCACUGUGUCUCCAGAUCGUCAAUGAGCCUCCACCUCUGUGGGAGGUGCCCUCCACCUGCAACAACUUCACAGCCAAAGUGUUCAGGGCUGGACUCCAGAAGGACCCAGACAGACGAGCGUCUGCUAAGGAGCUCAGGAGGAAAACCACACAGGCCCUCAGAGCAGUUGGGGGACUGAACCCCUGGUCCUUGAAAAACGCCCGCGAGAUUCUGCAUCGUGGCAAGAACACGCCCUCAGAAGACACCCAAUGCUCUUUGUCCCCAGGGAAAACCCCAAAUAAACCAUCCACUGCUGCCUCAGCACCCACAAUGCACUGGGUGAGCCCCUGGAGAACUACAGCGGUGGAGGAGGAUGGCAAUGACAGAGAAGAUGGAGACUCUGACCUCAUCUCUGAGGUAGAGGUGGAUUCCUUCAAGAUGGAGUGGGACUCGCAACCAAAGUCACUGCGAGACGACUAUGCUGAAAAAGACUGGGACACCGAGUCUGACUCAGACGUUGACAUGUACAUGGGGGAGGAGGAAUUCAUCCAGGAGAAGUGGCUGAAAAUGGACAGGGACUAUGAGGGGGACUGGGAAGAGGAGGGCCAGGAAGACGGGGAGGAGGACGAAGAGUGGGACUCUUCUGUGUCCACAGAGUAUCAUCGCGCACUCAGAGGCCUUUUCCCUUUGCUGCAAAAAGGCCAGGCAAAUGACAGUCCUUGGGGAUCAGAGGCAGAGCUGGAGUACCUCAGAGAUGAUGUAGCUAUAGGCACCAUGAUCCAGACCCCUUCCCCUGAACCUCGAGAUGACCCCCCAUCCUGCUUCAGCUGCUCGGAAACAUCGCAGAUAGAUGCCUCAGAGAAGGACUCUGACCAUUCAUCCGAUGACCUGAGCUCUGGAGUCUUUUCCUCCUGCAACAGUCAGACAGACGGACACUUAGAGUGGAUGGCCGCAGAGAAUAAGCCCCACUUGCACUGCUUUCAGGGUGUGGACAUCUGGAUAGAGAACGUCCAGGGCGAGUGUCUGAGGAUCCGUGAACACCGGCAGGUCAAAGUUGGCCACGUCGCUGUCGGAAUCAGUGAACAGAUUUCUGGGAAAGCCUUCACUUUGGAGACGCUGGACAGGAAGAUGGUGUCCUUUGACCAAGAAAUCAAAGAGUCUUGUGUGUGGUUCCGGUUCGUUCCUGCUCCCGACACAUGUCGACGAUGGAGGUGGAGGGUCAGAGACGGCAAGCUGGAACUUCAAGAAUGAAACUGACUUUUUUAAUUGUUUAUCGAUUGCACAAAGGUUGGACCCACUGUUCUUGACUCAUGCGAACAAGAAGAAUUCUAACAGUGUAUAAGCACACGGUGGUAUUUACUGAGUAAAAACUGCUGCUUUAAGGAGAAAGAUGUGAUACAUGUGCCUUUAAGUGUUUUUGCAUGUGAUUUCUGAGCUCAGAAUAAGCUCAAGUAUGUGCAAACAUACAAGGAGUGUGACUCUAAAUAUACUCAAUCAAAGAUUUUGAAAAUAGGUGAUACAGUGGAUACAACUUUAUUACAUGUAGCUUUAUUAUUAAUAAAAAAAGAUUAAUAAUAAUUAUCUUUGUUCUGCUUUGUAAGAACAGACAAACAAACAAAGGAAACCUCUUGGGAGUGCUGCAGGAUGUCUGGACCAAAAUGUGUACAUAAACUCAUUUACAAUGACAGAGUUGAUGGAUUGUUGUCUUGCUAUCAUCUUUUUUUGUCGUUAUUUGUACUUGCUGGUGAGUGAGAAAUGUGUGUAGCAAUGCUAUGAGGAGUUUGUUAACAGUCCACUGGAUAUGUGUCUCCCUGGUGAGGCUGUAAGUCAAGAAAAUUGUCAUUGUGUGUUAACUGGCAUUAAUAAAUGAUUUUGUUUACUAUUA